AUGAGUGACUACAGUAUAUGUAUUUUCGCGGCCAUUUUACUAAUAUCCUGUGUUCAUUGUCUUAAAUCAAAUACUACAAGCUCGGUUAUAGCCGAUCAAUUAAGAAACUGCUAUAACGAUACCGCCAUACCCGGAACACUAACCCCAAAAACAAGAUCAGCCGCAACUUUAAAUUUUUUCCUGGAUGUGUUGAGAGAGCUUGAGGAUAUUAACAAAAACACCAAGGAUGGAUACUACAUUUCGUCUGAUAUAAUAAAAAGGUUCCGUCAAGAUGGAAUAGUGUAUACAGGAUCAGGCAUCGGUAUCCCAUAUACUGCAAAUUAUAACGACAAGAAUUCCGUACUUCAAAAAAAAACUUUGGAUACAACGGAGAGAACUUUAUUACUCACUGGCUUAACCCAAAAGGAACAAUGUACCCUCCAUUUCCUUAUUUCCACAACAUCGAAUGGAACUCUUCGAGGAGACGAAUCCUCGACUUGUGGAAGAUCUUCCAGGUACACCUCCAGGUUUGUGAGGCAAGCUGAGUUGCUUUACGUUGAUAAGGAAUCAAGUAGCUGCCCUUACCAAUUAGGGGUGGUGGCAAAUAAAUGGGGUGCUGUGAGUGUCGGAAGCUUGCUGUCAGGAAUCGCGGCUGGUUUUAAGAACCAAGAAGUUCCAGAACUAGGAAAUUCGUUAUACGCGAAUACUCUGUCAGGAGAUUUGGCCGAGACAUGCUUGUAUAACUCAAAGGAAAUGAAAGGGAAUGAGUAUGUGGUUGGGUCCACUGAAGGUUGGGAUAAUACACUGAGCCCCAAAAUACUCUACAACAACGCCAAAUCCUCUAAAAUCACCGAAUUUUCUUUAACAAACUCAAGAAUACGCGGCUCUUUGGACGGAUUUUAUCUGGGCUCCAACAUUCCCAACUGGAGAAACAAAUACAGCGACAUCAAAAUAUCGCAAAUUGUUGACAUGUACUACUCGCCCAGGGGUGUCUUUAACAACUCCAUCAGAGCUUGUAAUAGAAAAAUACUGGAAACUUCAUAUGUAAGUACUGGUGUGUUGACGAACGAAACAGCUUUAGCAUUGGUCAAAUUGAAUAGCAAAAUCGGAGCUGGGUCAAUCACCUUGGAAGAAUUCACUGCAGUUGCUGCCAACCAAAUCAGCAAGUUCAAUUCAUAUGUUGCUUCCCUUUCUGACGUAAGCUGCGAUGAAAACGAUUUGCCUCUGCAAGAAACAGCUACGGAUAUUUUAAUAUACAUCGAUACGAAGUGGACUUACAAGACGGCUGAAGCUGUUGUGACUUACAUUCUCGACAAUAUUGACGUGAACAAAUACAAUUCUAACUAUACUUUAAUAAAUGGAAACACAGGGCAAGUGAUUAUCAACUCAACAUACCGUCUAAGUCACUUGUAUGAGUAUUACAAUGCAUCAUUACAUGACAAUAGCGCGUCCGCCUUCGAUUUUAACACAGCUGUGAACUCAGCGGAACACCUCCUUUCAAACAAAGUUACAACGAGAAAUAUUGGAGGUAGAUCCACUGUAAUCUUGUUUAUUCCGAAUUCAGUACCGACGGCAUCGGAAAAGUCCUUUAUCUCACAAAGGAAGCAGAUUUUAUCCAACACUCUGUCCAGUGUACAGUUUUUGGUUCUUGGUGCUGGAGCUGAAAGCGAUUACACCGACAUUUUAUCAAACCCUUCCAAACAAUUUGCACAACUUUAUAACUUUGACGAUUCAAAUUCGGAGUCCAUCAAAACAAACGUGAACAAAAUCGUCGAUGUUAUUUUGAACACACCUAGAGAAAUAGUUAAUACUAAUUGCCCAACAUCGGGAAACAACAUAUACGCAGCCCCAGUGUACAACGUGCCAUCGCAAGGAGUCAGUUAUUUCCGUUUGUCGCCACUAUUUUUCUAUAGAGGAGAUUCAUCCAAAAAACUCAAAAUUAGAGAAAUGGGAACAGGGAGGCUCUAUGUUUGCUCUUCAAUGAGCAAUGAUAAGCCCAGCAAUGCCACAGACAGUUGCACGAUUUUGUCGAGCAAUGAAACAUAUUAUGACUUGAGCUCAUAUUGUUCAGGAUCAUAUGAAUCAUGUUCAUCCCUUUAUUUGUCUGUUGAAGGAUGGGAAGCAAGGACUAUGUGCAAAGAAUGCCGGUUUCCAGAUAGCAUUAAAUACCAAAUCACAUUGGAAAAUGUUGGUUGUGGAGCCAGUAGUAGCGUUGCACUUGCUGCAAGCCUUUUCUUAGUUCUUUUAUCAUUGUACAAUGUCUUUAUUUCGCUUUAG